AUGAGUAUGGGUUGGAUCAGCGCCGAUGGGGUAAGCCGGAGCGGCGCGAGAAGGAAUCAAUCCCUGAAGGAAGAGAGGGAUACAGGGGAAGGCAAGAAGGGCAGAGGGAACCCGGAGUGGAGGCUGCGGAGUGGGGGCAGGGACGGACGAGGGGAGCGUGUGAGUAAGGUGGGGGCAUGGGCAUGUAUACCAGCAGCAGCAGAUACUGAAGGCAAGGAGGAGAAGGUGGGGGCAGGGGUACAUGUACCAGCAGCGGCAGAUACAGAAGGAAAGGAGAAGGUGGGGGCAGGGGUACAUGUACCAGCAGCGGCAGAUACGAAAGGAAAGGAGAAGGUGGGGGCAGGGGUAUACGUACCUGCAGCGGCGGAAGCAGAAGGGAAGAACGAGAAGGUGGGGGUACAGGUGUGCACACCAGCAAUAGCGGUGGCGGAAGGGAAGGAAGAGAAGAUGGGGGUAAUGUCAUGCAAACCAGAAGUGGCAGAAGCAGUGGGGAAGAACAAAGAGUUGGGGGCACGGGCGGGUGCACCAGCAGCAGCAGAAGCUGCAGGGAAGAACGGAGAGAUGAGGGUCAGGGCAGGUGUAUCAGCUGAAAUGACGAGCAACUGGUGGCAAGGGGAACUAGGGAUAGCAAGGUGGGAGGGUCCAGUGUGGGACACGGCCCAGGAGCGGGAGGAAGCAGAGAUGGAGAGCAAGGAAGUGGGGGCAAGGGAGUGCCUGCCAGCGGGGGAAGGAGUGGAGCAGACGGUGGGAGAUGAGAUGAGGCAAGAAGGAAACGAGGCCCUGCAGACGGUCAGGUGGAUUAAAGGAGAAAAUUAG